AUGUCUCUUACCUCCGCCACUUCUGCAAAUGCCUCCGUAGCAUUCUCUCGCCGCAUGGUUCCUUCCGGCAGCCGUAUCUCUCCGGCUACACUCAUCGGCGUUUCACCCUCACGGGCUCCUCUCAAGUGGAGGUGCUCUUCACUCCCCAGCUCUUCCAAUCUUCAUCUUCUAUAUGCUGUGGUGAAUGAGGGAAGGAAGUUUGUGGAGGGUUCAAAGAAUGGGAACUUGAUUCCUCUGUAUCAGUGCAUAUUCUCGGACCUACUUACUCCUGUUCUUGCUUAUCGGAUUUUGCUUAAGGAAGAUAAUCAGCAGGCUCCAAGCUUUCUUUUUGAGUCUGCAGAGCCUAGUUAUCAUGCUUCCAGUGCCGGGCGCUAUAGUGUUGUUGGAGCUCAACCCUCAAUGGAGAUUGUGGCAAAAGAAAAUAAGGUCACCAUUAUUGACCAUGAAUCUGGGAGCUUAACUGAGCAAACUGUUGAUGACCCUAUUAUGAUUCCCAGAAAAAUCUCAGAGGGUUGGAAACCCUCUCUUAUUGAUGAGCUUCCAGAUGCAUUUUGUGGUGGUUGGGCAGGUUAUUUCUCAUAUGAUACAGUUCGGUAUGUGGAAAAGAAAAAGCUACCAUUUUCAAAUGCUCCAAAGGAUGAUAGGAACCUUGCCGACAUACAUCUGGGUCUCUAUGAGAAUGUGAUUGUCUUUGACCAUGUGGAAAAGAAAGCAUAUCUGAUUCUUUGGGUGAGGAUUGAUCGGUACUCCUCGCCAGAGACUGCUUACAACGAUGGAAUGGAACGAUUACAAAAAUUAGCCACCAAAUUACAAUAUGGUCAACCUCCAAGGCUGGCCCCGGGCUUUGUGGAUUUAUAUACUCAACAUUUUGGUCCACCAUUGAAGAAGUCGAGCAUGACUUGUGAAGCAUACAAGGAGGCAGUUCUUAAGGCAAAAGAACAUAUUAAAGCAGGAAAUAUUUUUCAGAUUGUGCUGAGUCAGAGAUUUGAACGAAGAACAUUUGCUAAUCCAUUUGAAAUUUUUAGAGCAUUGAGAAUUGUGAACCCAAGUCCAUAUAUGGCCUAUUUGCAGGCUAGGGGGUGUAUUCUGGUUGCUUCAAGUCCAGAGAUUCUUACUCGUGUAAAGAAGAAUAAGAUUGUGCAUCGUCCUUUGGCUGGCACAACUAAAAGGGGAAGUACACGUGAGGAAGAUGCAAGGUUAGAAGAAAUACUGCUGAAAGACGAAAAGCAAUGCGCAGAGCAUGUGAUGUUGGUUGAUUUGGGACGAAAUGAUGUUGGAAAGGUUGCAAAAAGUGGUUCUGUUAAAGUGGAACAACUAAUGAAUAUUGAACGAUAUUCCCAUGUUAUGCACAUAAGCUCAACGGUAACUGGAGAGUUGCAAGAGCAUUUGACUAGUUGGGAUGUCCUGCGUUCUGCAUUGCCUGUUGGAACUGUCAGUGGAGCACCAAAGGUGAAGGCGAUGGAGUUGAUCGAUGAGUUGGAGGUGAUAAGGCGAGGGCCUUACAGUGGAGGAUUUGGAUACAUCUCUUUCUUUGGUGAGAUGGACAUUGCCCUAGCUCUAAGGACAAUGGUAUUUCCGACAGCAGGUAGGUACGACACAAUGUACUCCUACAAAGAUCCCACCCAACGUCAUGAGUGGAUUGCUUAUCUUCAAGCCGGCGCUGGUAUAGUUGCUGAUAGUGUUCCUGCUGAUGAGCACCAAGAAUGUCAGAACAAAGCUGCUGCUCUUACUCGUGCUAUUGACUUGGCUGAGUCAGCAUUUGUGCAUCAAUGA